UCUGGCGAUGGAGGGGCUCAGCUCCUCCGAGCGCAAGGGCUGCCGAGCUCUCCUGGGCCUGAUGCACUACGACGAGGUCAUGGCCCUGUGCGACACCGUCACCAACCGCCAGGUGCAGCCUGUGGACCGCAAAGAUGCCAUUCGUGCAAUAGUAGCAUACAGUCAAAGUGCAGAAGAACUUUUGAAGCGUAGAAAAGUUCAUCGAGACAUUAUAUUUAAGUACUUGGCAAUGCAGGGAGUCAUUGUGCCUCCCACUAUUGAAAAACAUAAUCUUAUUCAGCGUGCAAAAAACUACUGGAAAGACCAAGUAGCACUAAAAAGGAAGGAAACACCAGAGCCUCCUAAGACACAGAUCCCUAGAAUCUUACAACAGCCAAAACAAGAAGAUCCAAUUGAGAAUGUUGAUUUUCAUCAAUUAGGAGAAAAAUUCUGUUACUGGUUCUUUGAACUUCUCAAUUCUCAGAAUCCUUCACUGGGACGACCUCCUGCUGACUGGGGACCUCAGCACUUCUGGGAUGAUGUGAAACUUAGGUUUUUUUAUAAGACUUCGGAGCAAAAUUUAUUAGAAUACCAAGGAGCAGAAAUUGUAAGCCUUCGGCUAUUGUCAUUAGUGAAAGAAGAAUGUCUAGUUUUUAAUCCCAAUCUAGAUUCCCAGGGACUGAAAUGUACUUCUUCCCCACAUGGUCUAGUUAUGGUUGGAGUUGCUGGAACUGUCCACCGAGGGAACUCUUGUUUGGGCAUUUUUGAACAAAUUUUUGGACUUGUUCGCUGCCCGUUGGUGGCGAGUACUUGGAAAAUCAAAUUUAUCAAUCUGAGAAUUAUUGGUGAAAAUGCCCCUGCUUUACAACCAUCAAUGAAACCAGCUGUCACAUUUGAACAAAGUGACAUGGAUGUCUUUUACAGUGUGAUUGCUUCAAUUGAUGUACGACUUAAUGUAAGGCAGGCAUUGGAUAGUGGAACUGGAGACCAUGCUCUGUGCGGUGGAAAUGAGGACUUCGUGAGCAAAAGAGAGCCAAAUUUACCUAACCCGUCAAUGCUUUCAUUAUGA